AUGAAGACAGCACUGUGCUCGGCAGUCGCUGCUCUGUGUGCAGCCGCCCUCCUCUCCUCCAUCGAGGCUGAAGUUAAUCCACCGUCAGACUUGAAUUUUACAAUAAUAGAUGAACAUAAUGUUCAAAUGUCAUGGAAAAGGCCACCAGAUGCAAUAGUGGGUUACAGGAUAACUGUGGUUCCAACAAAUGAUGGGCCUACUAAAGAAUUUACUCUUUCACCUAGCACUACCCAAACUGUCUUAUCAGAUCUUAUACCUGAUAUAGAGUAUGUUGUAUCAAUAGCUUCUUAUGAUGAAAGAGAGGAGAGUCUACCUGUUUUUGGCCAACUGACAAUUCAGACAGGUGGUCCAGGGAUACCGGAGGAAAAGAAGGUUGAGGCUCAAUUACAAAGAUGUUCCAUAAGUGCAAUGACAGAUUUAGUUUUCCUGGUAGACGGUUCAUGGAGUGUAGGGAGAAAUAACUUUGGAUAUAUUCUGGACUUCAUGGUUGCCCUUGUGUCAGCUUUUGACAUUGGGGAAGACAAGACGAGAGUUGGAGUUGUUCAGUACAGUUCAGAUACAAGAACAGAGUUCAAUUUAAAUCAGUAUUUCAGAAGAAGUGAUCUUAUUGAUGCGAUUAAAAGGAUACCUUACAAAGGUGGCAACACAAUGACAGGUGAGGCUAUUGAUUACCUGGUUCAAAACACCUUCACUGAGUCUGCUGGAGCACGAAAAGGCUUUCCCAAAGUAGCAAUUAUCAUUACGGAUGGAAAAGCUCAAGAUGAAGUCGAAAUUCCUGCAAGAGAGCUUCGCAAUGUAGGAGUUGAAGUUUUUUCUUUGGGAAUCAAAGCAGCAGAUGCAAAGGAACUCAAACUAAUUGCGUCUCAGCCUUCGCUGAAGCAUGUGUUCAAUGUGGCUAAUUUUGAUGGAAUUGUGGAUAUACAGAAUGAAAUUAUCUUGCAAGUGUGCUCUGGUGUUGAUGAACAGCUGGGUGAACUGGUUAGUGGGGAAGAAGUCGUGGAGCCUCCUUCAAAUCUAGUGGCCACUCAGAUCUCCUCCAAAUCUGUUAGGAUCACUUGGGAUCCAUCCACAAGCCAAAUAACUGGGUAUAGGCUGCAAUUCAUUCCAAUGAUGGCUGGUGGAAAACAACAUGUAUUGAGUGUGGGUCCUCAGACUACAGCUCUGAAUGUUAAAGAUCUCUCUCCAGACACAGAGUAUCAAAUUAAUGUCUAUGCAAUGAAAGGACUGACCCCCAGUGAGCCAAUAACGAUAAUGGAAAAAACACAACAAGUAAAAGUUCAAGUGGAAUGCUCACGUGGUGUGGAUGUGAAAGCUGAUGUGGUCUUUUUAGUGGAUGGUUCCUACAGCAUUGGUAUCGCCAAUUUUGUUAAAGUAAGAGCCUUUUUGGAAGUGUUAGUUAAAAGCUUUGAGAUAUCGCCUCGAAAAGUACAGAUAAGUCUUGUCCAGUACAGCAGAGAUCCCCAUAUGGAGUUUUCUUUGAACAGAUACAACAGAGUGGAAGACAUAAUUCAGGCUAUUAACACCUUCCCCUACAGAGGUGGAUCUACCAACACAGGCAAAGCGAUGACAUAUGUGAGGGAGAAAGUAUUUGUUACCAGCAAAGGGUCAAGACCAAAUGUGCCGAGAGUCAUGAUUCUUAUUACUGAUGGAAAAUCAUCAGAUGCUUUUAAAGAACCUGCAAUAAAGCUGAGGGAUGCAGAUGUAGAAAUAUUUGCAGUUGGUGUGAAGGAUGCAGUGCGUACAGAGUUAGAAGCAAUUGUUGCAGAUUUUGAUGCUUUUCAAAGAAUAUCAUUUGAACUUACACAGUCUGUCUGCCUACGGAUUGAGCAGGAACUGGCUGCUAUAAGGAAAAAAUCCUAUGUACCUGCAAAGAAUAUGAUCUUUUCUGAUGUAACAUCGGACAGUUUCAACGUGAGCUGGUCUCCUGCUGGACCCGAGGUUUUGUCCUAUCUCAUUAAAUAUAAAGUAGCCAUCGGUGGAGAUGAAUUCAUUGUUUCAGUACCAGCUGCAAGUACUAGCUCAGUUCUCACCAACUUGCUACCUGAAACUACUUACACAGUCAGUGUGAUUUCUGAAUAUGAAGAUGGUGAUGGCCCUCCCUUGGAUGGAGAAGAAACCACCUUAGAAGUGAAAGGUGCUCCUCGAAACUUAAGGAUAACAGAUGAAACCACUGAUAGUUUUGUAGUUGGCUGGACUCCAGCUCCAGGAAAUGUCCUACGGUACAGGCUUGUAUAUAGACCACUUCCUGGAGGAGAAAGGAGACAAGUGACUGUCUCGGCAAAUGAAAGAUCAACUACUCUGCAGAACUUGAUCCAAGAUACAAGAUAUGAAGUGUCUGUUAUUCCAGAGUAUCAGUCUGGGCCUGGGAAUUCGCUGAGUGGAUAUGCAAAAACUGAUGAAGUCCGAGGAAAUCCGAGAAAUUUGAGAGUUUCUGAUGCUACAACAUCAACAAUGAAGCUGUCUUGGGGUGCUGCUCCUGGCAAAGUGCAGCAGUACUUUAUAACAUACACUCCAGUGGCAGGAGGUGAAACUAAGGAAGUGACUGUGAAAGGUGACACUACCUCGAAAGUGCUGAAAGGCUUAGACCAAGCCACUAGGUAUGCGUUGACUGUGUCUGCCUUGUAUGCCUCUGGAGCAGGAGAGGCCCUUUCUGGAGAGGGAGAAACACUUGAAGAACGUGGUUCACCACGUAAUUUAGUUACCACAGACAUAACUGACACUACAGUUGGGUUAUCAUGGACACCAGCUCCAGGAGCAGUUAAUAAUUAUAGGAUAGUAUGGAAGUCACUUUAUGAUGAUACAAUGGGAGAGAAGAUAGUCCCUGGAAGUACAGUGGAUGCUGUGCUAGAAGGCUUGGAGCCAGAGACUAAAUACAGAAUUUCGGUAUAUGCAACCUACAGCAGUGGAGAAGGAGACCCAGUAGAAGGAGAGGCUUUUACUGAUGUGUCACCAAAUGCCAGGACUGUGACGGUAGACAACGAGACAGAAAAUACAAUGAGAGUUACAUGGCAGCCUUCACCCGGGAAAGUCUUGUCUUAUCGUGUGUACUACCGACCACGCAGUGGAGGAAGACAGAUGUUUGGAAGAGUAAAUGCUCCUGCUACAAGCAUAGUGUUAAAGCGACUUAAGCCACGAACUACAUAUGACCUCAGUGUUGUUCCAAUUUAUGAUUUUGGACAAGGAAAAUCAAGAAAAGCAGAAGGAACAACAGCCUCUCCCUUUAAGCCACCUCGAAAUCUGAGAACUUCUGAUUCAACUAUGUCAAGUUUCCGAGUAACCUGGGAGCCAGCCCCAGGGCGAGUGAAGGGGUACAAAGUAACUUUCCACCCUACUGAAGAUGACGGGAGUCUAGGAGAAUUAAUAGUGGGGCCAUACGACAGCACAGUGGUAUUGGAGGAGCUUAGGGCAGGAACUACCUAUAAGGUAAAUGUUUUUGGAAUGUUUGAAGGAGGAGAGAGCAACCCCCUGGUUGGACAAGAGAUGACCACCCUUUCAGACACUACUUCGGAGCCAUUUUUAUCUAGAGGUUUAGAAUGUAGAACCAGAGCAGAAGCUGAUAUUGUGCUGCUGGUGGAUGGCUCAUGGAGUAUUGGACGGCCAAAUUUUAAAACUAUCAGGAACUUCAUUGCCCGUAUAGUUGAAGUUUUUGAUAUUGGUCCUGACAAAGUACAGAUUGGUCUUGCACAGUAUAGUGGAGAUCCCAGGACAGAAUGGAAUCUCAAUGCUUACCGAACCAAACAGGCUUUGUUAGAUGCUGUAGCUAACUUACCAUACAAAGGAGGCAAUACUCUAACAGGAAUGGCCUUGGAUUUCAUCUUAAAAAACAAUUUUAAACAAGAUGCAGGCUUAAGGCCCAGAGCUCGCAAAAUUGGUGUUCUCAUCACUGAUGGCAAAUCGCAAGAUGAUGUAGUCACCCCUUCAAGAAGACUCAGAGAUGAGGGAGUGGAACUUUAUGCAAUUGGUAUUAAAAAUGCAGAUGAAAAUGAAUUGAAGCAGAUUGCAACGGAUCCAGAUGACAUCCAUGCUUACAAUGUUGCAGAUUUCUCUUUCCUGGCUAACAUUGUUGAUGAUGUAACCACAAAUCUGUGUAACAGUGUGAAAGGUCCAGGUGAUUUACCACCUCCCUCUAACCUAGUUAUUUCGGAAGUGACACCUCGUUCUUUCAGACUGAGAUGGAGUCCACCUCCUGAGAGUGUUGAUAGAUACAGAGUUGAAUAUUACCCUGCCUCUGGAGGUAGCCCUCAACAGUUUUACGUAAGUAGGAUGGAAACAACAACAGUUCUGAAAGAUCUGAAACCUGAAACAGAGUAUGUUGUUAACGUGUUUUCUGUGGUGGAAGAUGAAAGCAGUGAACCUCUAAUCGGCAGGGAAACAACUCUGCCAAUCUCCUCAGUGAGAAACCUGAAUGUUUAUGACAUUGGAUCAACUUCCAUGCGAGUGAGAUGGGAACCUCUCAACGGAGCUACUGGUUAUUUGUUAACAUAUGAACCUGUGAAUGCCACAGUCCCUACCACAGAGAAAGAGAUGCGUGUUGGACCAUCAGUGAAUGAGGUUCAGCUGGUAGAUCUCAUCCCCAAUACUGAGUACACUUUAACAGCUUACGUAUUAUUUGGUGAUAUCACCAGUGACCCACUCACCACUCAGGAAGUGACAUUACCUUUGCCUGGACCCAGAGACUUAACACUUCAGGAUGUUACUCACAGCAGCAUGAAUGUCCUCUGGGAUCCUGCCCCAGGAAAAGUUCGAAAAUACAUCCUACGAUACAAAAUAGCUGAUGAAGCUGAUACAAAGGAGGUGGAAAUCGACAGACUCAAAACCAGCACUACUCUCUCUGACCUUUCCUCCCAAACACUGUAUAAUGUGAAGCUUGUUGCUGUAUAUGAUGAAGGGGAAUCCCUGCCAAUAAAUGCAGAAGCAGUCACUCAGCCUGUGCCAGCACCAGUCAAUCUCAGAAUCACAGACGUAACCACGAAUAGCUUCAGAGGAACUUGGGAUCAUGGAGCUUCAGAUGUCUCUCUAUAUAGAAUAACGUGGGGACCCUAUGGACGAUCAGAAAAACAGGAGACUAUCUUAAAUGGAGAUGAUAAUAGUUUGGUCUUUGAAAAUUUGAAUCCAGAUACAUUAUAUGAUGUCUCUGUUACUGCCAUCUAUCCUGAUGAAUCAGAAAGUGAUGACCUCAUUGGCAGUGAACGAACAUUACCUUUGAUACCUAUCACCACACAAGCCCCAAAGAGUGGACCACGAAACCUUCAGGUGUACAAUGCAACUUCACACAGUUUGACUGUGAAGUGGGAUCCUGCCAGUGGUCGAGUGCAGAGAUACAGGAUCAUUUACCAGCCUAUCAGUGGGGAUGGCCCUGAACAGUCGACUAUGGUUGGCGGGCGGCAGAACAGUGUGGUGAUACAGAAGCUGCAGCCUGACACACCAUAUGCUAUUACUGUGUCAUCGAUGUACGCAGAUGGUGAAGGGGGGCGAAUGACAGGACGAGGCAGAACCAAACCUCUUACUACUGUGAAGAAUUUGCUGGUUUAUGACCCAACCACCAGUACUCUGAAUGUUCGAUGGGAUCAUGCAGAAGGAAGUCCUCGCCAGUAUAAAGUGUUUUAUGGACCUACUGCUGGAGGUGCAGAAGAAAUGACCACAGUACCAGGAAACACAAACUAUGUCAUCCUGAGGAGUCUUGAACCCAACACACCUUACACUGUAACUGUGGUUCCAGUUUUCCCCGAGGGGGAUGGUGGACGUGUCUCUGACACUGGAAGAACUAUGGAGAGAGGAACACCAAGAAACAUUCAAGUUUACAAUCCCACACCAAACAGCAUGAAUGUCCGAUGGGAACCUGCUCCAGGUCCAGUACAGCAAUACAGAGUUAAUUACUCUCCACUGUCUGGCCCAAGGCCAUCAGAAUCUAUCGUGGUACCAGGCAACACUCGUGAUGUGAUGCUGGAGCGCUUGACUCCUGACACGGCUUACUCAAUAAAUGUUAUAGCUCUGUAUGCCGAUGGAGAAGGAAAUCCAAGCCAAGCACAGGGAAGAACAUUGCCUCGCAGUGGUCCAAGGAAUGUCAGAGUGUUCGAUGAGACCACAAACAGCCUUUCUGUACAAUGGGACCAUGCUGAUGGGCCAGUCCAGCAGUACAGAAUCAUUUAUUCACCCAUUGGGGGAGACCCUAUUGAUGAAUAUACAACAGUUCCUGGGAUAAGAAAUAAUGUGAUACUACAACCACUGCAAUCAGAUACUGCAUAUAAAAUUACUGUUGUGGCUGUGUAUGAAGAUGGAGAUGGUGGACAACUGACUGGAAAUGGCAGAACUGUUGGCCUGCUUCCUCCUCAAAAUAUGUAUAUAACUGAUGAAUGGUAUACACAAUUCAGAGUUUCCUGGGAUCCUUCACCGUCCCCUGUUCUUGGCUAUAAAAUCGUAUACAAACCUGUGGGUUCAAAUGACCCCAUGGAGGUUUUUGUGGGAGAAGUGACUUCCUACACCUUGCAUAAUCUAUCUCCCAGUACUACUUACGAUGUGAAUGUUUAUGCCCAGUAUGAUUCUGGAAUGAGCAUACCUUUGUCAGAUCAAGGCACUACAUUAUAUUUGAAUGUCACUGACCUAACAAGUUACAAAGUGAGUUGGGAUACUUUCUGUAUCCGAUGGUCACCUCAUCGGUCAGCAACUUCCUACAGACUGAAGCUAAACCCAGCAGAUGGUUCCAGAGGACAGGAAAUCACAGUACGUGGGUCAGAAACGAGCCAUUGUUUUACUGGCCUCUCACCAGACACAGAGUACAAUGCUACCGUCUUUGUUCAGACCCCUAACCUUGAGGGACCUCCAGUGUCUAUGAGGGAGCGUACCGUUCUCAAACCUACAGAGGCACCAACUCCGCCACCUACUCCUCCUCCACCUCCCACGAUCCCUCCAGCUCGGGAUGUGUGCAGAGGUGCCAAAGCAGACAUAGUGUUUUUGACUGAUGCUUCCUGGAGUAUUGGUGAUGAUAACUUCAACAAAGUAGUGAAAUUUGUGUUUAAUACAGUAGGAGCCUUUGACUUGAUUAAUCCUGCUGGAAUCCAGGUUUCAUUUGUGCAGUACAGUGAUGAGGCAAAAUCUGAAUUUAAACUGAAUACAUUUGAUGACAAGGCCCAGGCCCUGGGAGCUCUUCAAAAUGUUCAGUACAGAGGAGGCAACACAAGGACAGGCAAAGCCCUAACAUUUAUCAAAGAAAAGGUUUUGACUUGGGAGAGUGGCAUGAGGCGAGGUGUUCCCAAGGUACUUGUUGUUGUCACAGAUGGUCGGUCUCAGGAUGAGGUGAGGAAAGCAGCAACUGUCAUACAGCACUCUGGCUUCAGUGUUUUUGUGGUUGGUGUGGCUGAUGUAGAUUACAAUGAGCUGGCCAAGAUUGCCAGCAAGCCCAGUGAGCGUCAUGUAUUUAUUGUUGAUGACUUUGAUGCCUUUGAAAAGAUUCAAGAUAACCUCGUCACCUUUGUGUGUGAGACAGCUACCUCAACUUGUCCUCUUAUUUACUUGGAGGGAUAUACUUCACCUGGUUUCAAGAUGCUGGAAUCAUAUAAUCUGACAGAGAAGCAUUUUGCUUCUGUACAAGGUGUAUCGCUGGAAUCAGGCUCUUUCCCAAGCUAUGUAGCAUAUAGACUCCACAAAAAUGCCUUUGUCAGCCAGCCAAUACGGGAGAUUCACCCAGAGGGACUGCCACAGGCAUACACUAUCAUUAUGUUAUUCCGUCUUCUGCCUGAAUCCCCCAACGAGCCUUUUGCAAUUUGGCAGAUUACAGACAGAGAUUACAAACCACAAGUUGGAGUUGUGCUUGACCCUGCCAGCAAAGUGCUGUCAUUCUUUAACAAGGAUACAAGGGGAGAGGUUCAAACUGUAACUUUUGAUAAUGAUGAAGUAAAGAAAAUCUUUUAUGGAAGCUUCCACAAGGUCCAUAUUGUUGUAACUUCAUCGAAUGUUAAGAUUUACAUUGACUGCAGUGAAAUACUGGAAAAACCAAUUAAGGAGGCUGGGAAUGUCACAACUGAUGGCUAUGAAAUACUCGGGAAACUACUGAAAGGCGACCGGAGAUCAGCAACUUUAGAGAUCCAGAAUUUUGACAUUGUAUGCAGUCCAGUUUGGACUAGCAGAGACAGAUGCUGUGAUCUUCCUUCUAUGAGAGAUGAAGCAAAAUGCCCAGCUCUUCCAAAUGCUUGUACCUGUACUCAAGACAGCGUGGGACCUCCAGGACCCCCUGGACCAGCUGGUGGCCCAGGUGCUAAAGGUCCCAGAGGUGAAAGGGGUUUGACUGGAUCAUCUGGGCCACCUGGUCCUCGUGGCGAGACAGGUCCUCCUGGUCCUCAAGGUCCGCCAGGUCCACAGGGCCCCAACGGGCUGUCAAUCCCAGGAGAACCGGGUCGUCAAGGAAUGAAAGGUGAUGCUGGCCAGCCUGGACUACCAGGACGAUCGGGAACUCCAGGUUUACCUGGUCCACCUGGACCAGUGGGACCUCCAGGCGAAAGGGGUUUCACAGGAAAAGAUGGUCCCACAGGUCCCAGAGGCCCACCAGGACCAGUGGGUGCCCCAGGAGUUCCAGGAGUUGCUGGCCCAAGUGGAAAACCCGGGAAGCCAGGAGAUCGUGGGACACCAGGUACACCAGGAAUGAAGGGGGAAAAAGGUGACAGGGGUGACAUUGCUUCUCAGAACAUGAUGCGAGCAGUUGCAAGACAAGUUUGUGAACAACUGAUAAAUGGUCAAAUGAGCCGAUUCAAUCAAAUGUUGAAUCAAAUCCCCAAUGAUUAUUACUCAAACCGUAACCAGCCAGGCCCACCAGGCCCACCUGGUCCCCCAGGAGCUGCUGGGACGAGAGGAGAGCCUGGACCUGGAGGAAGACCAGGAUUCCCAGGACCUCCUGGGGUCCAAGGACCGCCCGGUGAAAGAGGAAUGCCUGGAGAGAAAGGUGAAAGAGGAACUGGAUCUCAAGGACCACGAGGUUUGCCGGGACCACCUGGUCCACAAGGAGAAUCUAGAACUGGUCCACCAGGCUCCACAGGAUCACGAGGACCACCAGGGCCGCCAGGUCGUCCUGGAAAUGCGGGUAUUCGAGGUCCCCCAGGGCCACCAGGAUAUUGUGAUUCAUCCCAGUGUGCUAGCAUCCCUUACAAUGGCCAAGGAUUCCCAGAGCCAUACGUGCCUGAAAGUGGACCCUAUCAACCUGAAGGUGAACCCUUUGUAGUACCUAUGGAGGCAGAAAGGAGAGAGGACGAGUAUGAGGACUAUGGAGUCGAAAUGCAUUCACCAGAAUACCCUGAGCACAUGCGCUGGAAAAGAUCGCUGUCAAGAAAAGCAAAAACAAUGCCAUAAAAGAUGUGUGUCUUGUUUUGGUUUUUUCGGUUGGUGGUUUUUGGGUUUUGCUAUACUUGCAUUGGCAGAUACAUGCAGGGAGAGUGCAUUGUUUCUUUUGCAAAAUAGCUUUCUGGUCUCUUCAUAUCAGACACACCCCUGUUUUGUAUCUUGCCUAUGUGGGGAUAGCAAUGUGUGUACCUAGAGACUUCAUGUUGCUCUGGAAAUGCUUGUAAAAUAUUUUUGCUUACAGUGGCUGCGUACAGGUUAAUAUGUGCAUCCAGUUAUCCCAGUGCUGCCUUUUCAUUAAAAUAAUGU